AUGGACGACGUUGUCAUUAGUGGUAUUGGAUGCAGGUUGCCAGAGUCUGAUAAUUUGGAGGAAUUCUGGCAACAUCUCAUCAACAAAGAUGACAUGGUCACAGAAGAUAACAGACGAUGGGAACCAGGUCUUCAUGGCUUACCAAGAAAAAAUGGUAAUAUUAAAGACUUGAGCAGAUUUGACGCAACCUUCUUUGGUGUUCAUCCUAAGCAAGCGAAUACCAUGGACCCACAGCUAAGAAUAUUCAUGGAGUUAACUUACGAAGCAAUAGUAGAUGCAGGUAUUGAUCCCCAGAUAUUGAGAGGCACCAAUACUGGUGUAUUUGUUGGUGCCACUGGAUCGGAGACUGUUGACGCAAUUACCAGUGACAUGGAGACAUUACUUGGUUAUAGCAUGACUGGUUGUUCACCUGCAAUGUUUGCAAAUAGAAUAUCCUAUUUCUUUGACUUUAAGGGGCCCAGUUAUCAGCUAAAUACGGCUUGCUCAUCCAGUUUACUUGCAAUGGAACAUGCAUUGAGAGCUAUCCGCAGUGGUCAGUGUGAUACCGCUAUUGUGGCUGGUCUUAAUAUAAAUGUCAAACCCAAUACAUCAAUGCAGUUUAUGAAGCUUGGUAUGUUAUCUCCUGAAGGACAGUGCAAGUCAUUUGAUGUACAAGGGAAUGGUUACUGUAGAUCUGAAGCCUGUGUUGCAAUCUUAAUGAUGAAAUCAUCUGAUGCUAAAAGAAUAUACUCCACAGUAAUUCAUGGUGGCACUAACACAGAUGGAUAUAAAGACAAAGGUAUUACAUUCCCUUCUGGGGCUGAACAGAAAAAACUCAUAAAACGAGUUUACAAAGAAGCAGGCAUUGAACCCAAAGAUGUUGUGUAUGUUGAAGCACAUGGUACUGGUACAAAGGUCGGUGACCCACAAGAAAUCAACGCUAUUGUUGAUGUCUUUGGUAAAGAUAGAAACAAAGACAAUCCUCUACUUGUUGGUUCAGUGAAAUCAAACAUGGGUCAUCCGGAACCUGCUGCUGGACUUGCUGCUGUUGCCAAAAUAAUUCUAGCCAUGGAAAAAGGAAUCAUUCCACCAAAUCUGCAUUUCCAUAAUGCCAAUCUUGAUAUUCCGGGACUUCAUGAUGGUAGACUCAAAGUAGUUGAUGAACCUAUGGAAUUACCGGAUGGUUUGGUUGGGAUCAAUUCAUUCGGUUUUGGUGGUUCCAAUGUCCAUAUGAUUCUCAAACCACACAGCAAAAGAUCGUUACACAUUCAAAAAAGCGAUGUUAGACUGUUACACUGUUAUGCCCGAACUCAGGAGAGUUUGGAUAAAUUACUAUCCCAAGUUGAGGAGUAUGAGAUGAAACCUGAUUUUGUAUCUUUGAUGAAUAAUGUUUGCAACCAACCAGUAACAGGAUUUCCAUACAGGGGAUACAAGAUUGUAAACAGUGAGAAUAAAGUACAAGAAACUCAGCAGAUAACCCACAGUGAGACUAGACCUGUAUGGUAUGUGUUUCCUGGUAUGGGCACGCAGUGGCAAGGCAUGGGUAAAGACUUGAUGAAACUAAAUACUUAUAGGGAAUCAAUCAUGAAUUGUACAGAAGCUUUGAAAGACAUGGAUAUCAAUGUGUAUGAUAUGAUAAUGAACAGUGAUGAAAAUACUUAUAAGGAUGUGGUCAAGUCAUUUGUAGGACUUGCGGCAAUUCAGAUUGCUUUGGUUGAUGUCUUGAAGUCAAUGGGUGUAGAGCCUAAUGGUAUUAUUGGACAUUCUGUUGGUGAGUUAGGUUGUGGUUAUGCCGAUGGCUGCCUUACAGCAAGAGAGACUAUCCUUGCUGCUUACUGGAGAGGCAAGUGUGUGAUUGAUGCUGAACUACCAGCUGGUGGCAUGGCUGCUGUUGGUUUGUCUUGGGAAGAAGCCAAACAAAUGUGUCCUGAGGGUGUGGUUGCUGCCUGUCACAAUACAACAGACACUGUCACAAUAUCAGGACCAAAAACUAAAGUUGCUGACUUUGUGAGUGUUCUCAAACAGCAGGAUAUUUUUGCCAGGGAAGUGAACAGUUCCAAUGUAGCCUUCCACUCCUACUAUAUGGCCCAGAUUGCACCACAGUUAAAAAACGCUUUAAUGAAGGUUAUCAAAAACCCACGCCAGAGAUCACCACGGUGGAUCAGUUCCUCCAUUCCUCAAGACGACUGGAAUACCAAACUAGCCAAGUAUAGCUCUGCUGACUAUCAUGUAAAUAAUCUGGUCAAUCCUGUGUUAUUUCAAGAAGCUUUGUCUCAUGUACCAUCCAAUGCUAUCACAAUUGAAGUCUCUCCGCAUUGCCUGCUGCAAGCUAUCCUGAAGCGCUCUCUCAGUCCAAACUGUGCCUUUAUUGGGCUAAUGAAACGCAACCAUGUAAACAACCUUGAAUUCUUCUUGUCCAACAUUGGAAAAUGUUACCUCAGUGGAAUGAAACUAAACAUCAACAAAUUGUUCCCAGAAGUCCAAUAUCCGGUAACCAGAAAUACGCCAUCCAUCGCUCCGUUGAUCCAUUGGGACCACUCACAGCAAUGGCAUGUCCCAAAAGCCAAAGAUUUCUCCACAGGAAGAGGGCAGAACACUUCAGUAGUCUCAUAUACAAUUGAUGUAUCUCCCUCAUCAGAAGACCAUUAUCUGCGUGAUCACUGCAUUGAUGGCAGAAUGUUGUACCCAGCAACUGGAUAUCUCCUGCUUGCAUGGAAAACUCUGGCUAAAAUACGUGGGUUACCAUACCAACAAAUUUCAGUGGUCUUUGAUGAUGUCACUAUACAUAGAGCAACUAUUUUGCCAAACCAAGGAGAAGUGACUCUAGAAGUGUGUCUAGCACCAACCACAGGAAUAUUUGAAGUUUCUGAAAGCAAUCAGUUAUGUGUAUCUGGCAAAGUAGAAAUCCCUGGUGAACCAUUGAGAAUUUUUGAUGCCUUGGAGGACGAAGAAGUGAAUAGAGUAGAAGAUAAUGAGGCAUUGGAACUAUCUGCAAGUGAUGUAUACAAAGAACUCAGACUCAGAGGAUAUGAUUAUGGAGCAACUUUUCAAGGGAUAACCCGUGCUAACAAUUCUGGUAACAAAGGAAUGCUUGCAUGGAAUGGUAACUGGGUAUCGUUUACUGACACCAUGUUACAAAUACAGAUUUUACGACAGCCUGGUAGGAGCCUUAGAUUACCGACAAGAAUUAGAAGAAUUCGAAUAGAUCCUGUUGAACAUUUCAAGAGGUCUGCCUCUACUUUGGACCAGUAUGCUACUGGUCUAGCAUGGAGUGUCUCUACUUUGGACCAGUAUGCUACUGGUCUAGCAUGGAGUGUCUCUACUUUGGACCAGUAUGCUACUGGUCUAGCAUGGAGUGUCUCUACUUUGGACCAGUAUGCUACUGGUCUAGCAUGGAGUGUCUCUACUUUGGACCAGUAUGCUACUGGUCUAGCAUGGAGUGUCUCUACUUUGGACCAGUAUGCUACUGGUCUAGCAUGGAGUGUCUCUACUUUGGACCAGUAUGCUACUGGUCUAGCAUGGAGUGCCUCUACUUUGGACCAAUAUGGUACUGGUCUAGCAUGGAGUGCCUUAACUUUGGACCAGUAUAAUACUGGUCUAGCAUGGAGUGCCUCUACUUUGGACCACUAUGCUACUGGUCUAGCAUGGAGUGUCUCUACUUUGGACCAGUAUAAUACUGGUCUAGCAUGGAGUGCCUCUACUUUGUACCAGUAUGACACUGGUCUAGCAUGGAGUGCCUCUACUUUGGACCAGUAUGGUACUGGUCUAGCAUGGAGUGCCUCUAAUUUGGACCAGUAUAAUACUGGUCUAGCUACUGGUCUAGCAUGGAGUGCCUUAACUUUGGACCAGUAUAAUACUGGUCUAGCAUGGGGUGCCUCUACUUUGGACCAGUAUGGUACUGGUCUAGCAUGGAGUGCCUCUACUUUGGACCAGUAUAAUGCUGGUCUAGCAUGGAGUGCCUCUACUUUUGACCAGUAUGCUACUGGUCUAGCAUGGAGUGCCUCUACUUUGGACCAGUAUAAUACAGGUCUAGCAUGGAGUGUCUCUACUUUGGACCAGUAUAAUACUGGUCUAGGAUGGAGUGUCUCUACUUUGGACCAGUAUGCUACUGGUCUAGCAUGGAGUGCCUCUACUUUGGACCAGUAUAAUACUGGUCUAGCAUGGAGUAUCUCUACUUUGGACCAGUAUGGUACUGGUCUAGCAUGGAGUGCUUCUAUUUUGGACCAGUAUAAUACUGGUCUAGCAUGGAGUGUCUCUACUUUGGACCAGUAUAAUAAUGGUCUAGCAUGGAGUGCCUCUAUUUUGGACCAGUAUAAUACUGGUCUAGCAUGGAGUGCCUCUAUUUUGGACCAGUAUAAUAAUGGUCUAGCAUGGAGUGCCUCUACUUUGGACCAGUAUGGUACUGGUCUAGCAUGGAGUGCCUCUACUUUUGACCAGUAUAAUACUGGUCUAGCAUGGAGUGCCUCUACUUUGGACCAAUAUGCUACUGGUCUAGCAUGGAGUGCCUCUACUUUGGACCAGUAUAAUACUGGUCUAGCAUGGAGUGCCUCUACUUUGGACCAAUAUGCUACUGGUCUAGCAUGGAGUGCCUCUACUUUGAAACAGUAUAAUACUGGUCUAGCAUGGAAUGCCUCUACUUUGGACCAGUAUAAUACUGGUCUAGCAUGGAGUGUCUCUACUUUGGACCAGUAUGCUACUGGUCUAGCAUGGAGUGCCUUAACUUUGGACCAGUGUGGCCCUGGUCUAGCAUGGAGUGCCUCUACUUUGGACCAGUGUGGCCCUGGUCUAGCAUGGAGUAUCUCUACUUUGGACCAGUAUAAUACUGGUCUAGGAUGGAGUGUCUCUACUUUGGACCAGUAUGCUACUGGUCUAGCAUGGAGUGCCUUAACUUUGGACCAGUAUAAUAUUUACAUAGAACGGAUGAGUACUAGUAUGUCGCCGCGAGAGGGUGUGAUCAACGACGAUAACACAAUUUUGAUGAUUACCGAAGUAAAGGCCACAGUUGGUAAAUUCACUGACAGAUGUAUUGCUGGUGGUAUAGAGAUAUAUGGUCUGCAUGCUACUGUGGCACCAAGACGUCAACAACAACAAACUCCUCCAACUCUGGAGCAAUCUCUCUUUGUACCAUACUACGAAAAACAAAUUGCAAAAGGUGACACAGAGUUGUUAAAAUACCAUAUGGUCUGUGACAAGUAUGCCAUAGAUCUGUUUUGCCAGGUUCAAAAGAAAUGUCAACAGCAACAAAUUGAUCUCCCAAAUGCCAAACUACUACAGGAGAUGACAAAUGGAAUGAAGCCAAGAAUGAUGGUAAUUGAUGAUGUAAACAAAUACAUGGAGGAUCCACAGUGUGGUCUAAUUAGGGUCAUGCAUGAAAUCUACAAUCUGCAGCUGAGUGGAUCGUUCACUGAAGACGUGCGAAAUAAACUGGACCUCAAUUCUGAUCUGAUACAAAGUGAUAAAUUACUGAGCGUUUUGAGUAGCGGGAGGUAUCUGAAGAAUUGUCUGGAUGUGGUGAUGGAGAACACACCAGGCAUGAAGAUGAAAAUUGUGGAAGUUGGUGUUAGGGGAAGUGGCUUGUACAGCAAAGUGGUUCCUGCACUGAAUUCACAUCCACUGCUGCAGCUUGACUAUACUGUAAGCUACGAGUCCGAAGAGAUCAUCUCAUUGAAAGAGGAGAAGUUCCAACAAUUUGGUGUUUCAAUGAUGAAAUGGCAACUUACGCAAUCCCCUCCCAAUAGUGUCAGUUCAUCAGACCUGGUUAUUGCUGAGGGCCUUGCCGGAGUGUCAAACAUUCCCUCAGCUUUGACCAACAUCUCAUCAACUUUGGUAGAGGGUGGGUUUCUGCUUUUACAUGAGAGAACCGUUAACUUUACAGCACCUGCAGUCUUGGAGAUGUUAUCGAAAGACCUUUCAAAUAACAAUUCCUUGAAGCGACAUUAUGGAAUCUUUCUCACUGAGGAGCAAUGGGUGACUGUUUUGGAAUUGGCCAAUUUUGAAAUUGUUUCUCAAAAAUCUGAUGGUUUGCAGUCAACCCUGUUCCUAUGCCGUAAGUGUGUACCAUUUACCGAAGGCUCCUACGUCUUAGCAGUAAAUGAUGCUAGCUUUGAAUGGGUGGACACCUUGAAGGAGACAAUUGCAAACUUUCAAGAGAAGAAUUCAAGAGAGAAGAUCUGGUUGCUAGUGGAUACAGCUGUGGAUUCUGGGAUUGUCGGUAUGAUGAACUGUUUGAAGCAAGAACCUGGUGGAGAUAGACUUAGGUGCAUAUUUAAUGCCAGUCUGGAGAACAAUUCCAAGCUAAUGAAUCUGAAAAACAAUGACAAAGCAUUGGAAAAGAUAACGCUAAGAGACUUAGUGAUGAACAUUUACCGUGAUGGUUCCUGGGGAUCAUUUCGCCAUGUGCCAAUCAGCACUUCAACUAAUUCCAGCACCAUCCUUACCUCACAUGCAUAUGUUAACGUACUUACACGUGGUGAUCUCAGUUCACUGAAAUGGAUUGCAUCACCUUUGAGAUAUGCCAUAUCAGAAUCCAACAGUUACAGACAGGAUAUUUGCACUGUGUAUUAUGCAUCUCUCAAUUUCCGGGAUAUAAUGGUGGCCACUGGAAAACUGACUCCAGAUGCUCUACCAGGAAAGAUUGCCUCACACGAUUGUGUAUUAGGAAUGGAAUUUUCUGGUCGUAACCACGCAGGUCAGCGGGUGAUGGGACUAGUACCUGCUAAAGGUCUAGCAACAACAGUGAGUGUUGAUAAAGACUUCACCUGGGCCAUACCACAAUCAUGGACUAUGGAGGAAGCUGCCUCAGUUCCUGUCGUCUACGCGACUGUAUACUAUGCACUGAUUGUCCGAGGGCAGCUGAGAAAAGGGGAAAGUAUCUUGAUACAUUCUGGAUCAGGUGGUGUCGGACAAGCUGCCAUCUCUGUUGCCCUUCACCAGGGGUGUCAAGUAUUCACAACCAUUGGUUCUCGGGAAAAGAAGAAUUACCUUAUGUCAAGAUUUCCAGAAAUAAAAGAAGAACAUUUUGGUAAUUCAAGGGAUUCCUCGUUUGAACAAAAGAUACUGAUAGCUACGGAGGGAAUGGGUGUUAAUGUUGUUUUAAACUCACUAGCAGAAGAGAAGUUACAGGCAAGUGUCAGGCUGCUGGCACCCCAUGGCCGAUUCUUAGAAAUUGGCAAAUAUGACCUUUCCAAUAACUCGUCAUUGGGUAUGUCCUUAUUCUUGCGUAACGUUACAUUUCAUGGUAUCCUAUUGGAUGCCUUGUUUGACGGUAACAAUCCUGACUGGCAGUCAGUGUAUAAUUUACUCUCACAAGGAAUCAAAUCUGGUGCAGUACAGCCACUAAAAACAACAGUAUUUACAAAGGAUGAUGCAGAGGGCGCUUUUCGAUACAUGGCUCAAGGCAAGCAUAUUGGUAAAGUGCUUAUCCAGGUUUGUAGUGAAGAAUCUGAUUCUGUGACUAUGCCAAGGCCCAUACAAAUGCCAGCAAUAACACGUAGCAUAUGCCAUCCCCAAAAAACUUACAUUAUAACUGGUGGUCUUGGAGGGUUUGGUUUAGAGUUAGCUAACUGGCUUGUUGAAAGAGGUGCACUUCACCUUGUUCUGACGUCUAGAUCAGGUAUUCGCAAUGGCUAUCAGAGUCGGUGUGUGAAAAAAUGGCGUGACCUUGGAGUCCAGGUCAUUAUCUCAACUGUAGAUAUAACUGAAACUGAUGGUGCUGAGAAGUUAAUAAAAGAUGCAUACCAAAUUGCACCUAUUGGAGGAUUAUUUCAUCUUGCAAUGGUUUUGAAAGAUGGCUUAUUGGAAAACCAGACUCCUGAGACUUUCAGAUCAGUCUGUGCUGCUAAGUACAUUGGUACGUGCAAUCUGGACCAAGCUACCCGUAAACUUUGCGCUAAAAGCAUGGACUGGUUUGUUGUGUAUUCAUCUGUUGUGAGUGGACGUGGCAAUGUAGGACAGACUAAUUAUGGAUUUGCAAACUCAGCCAUGGAAAGAAUAUGUGAACAGAGAUGUCAUGAUGGGUAUCCAGCAUUGGCCAUACAGUGGGGUGCCAUUGGUGACGUUGGUAUCAUACAAGACACAAUGGGUGACAAUAAUACAGUGGUGGGUGGUACAUUGCCUCAGAGAAUUGGGUCUUGUCUUUCUGUUCUUGAUAUUUUCCUUGCCCAAUCACAUCCAGUGGUGUCCAGCUAUGUACUGGCAGAGAAAUCUACCAGUGUCAAGAACGACCAGACUUCAACCAAAGCCACCUUGGUGGAUUCCGUUGCACAUAUUUUGGGAGUCCAGGAUCCAUCCACUUUGAAUCCUACCACAACUCUAGCUGAUCUGGGACUGGAUUCAUUGAUGGGUGUUGAAAUUCGCCAGACUUUGGAACGAGACUAUGAUAUUGUGAUGCCGAUGCGAGACAUCAGAAAACUUACAGUGAAUAAAUUAAAUGAACUUGCCCAUGGUGGCGCUGUAGCUGAACCAACCAAGACAGACAGUCAACAAGUUGCCGCAAGAGUUGAUGAAAGUACAACCACCGCUAAAGUGUCGCCAGACUUCUCAGCAGAGACAGUUGUGGAUUUACAUAAAAUUGAAAAUGACACAGGCCGGCCACUUUUCAUCAUCCACCCUAUAGAGGGCACUGUUACUGAAUUAAUGGACUUAGCAUGUAGACUGCAGUGUACAUGCUAUGGUAUUCAAGGUACACCAGAUGUUCCCACAGACUCAAUAGAAAGCAUGGCUCGCUGCUACAUUGACCGUAUGCAGGCAAUACAGCCUAUUGGACCUUACAGACUUGCCGGGUACUCAUUUGGUGCAUCUGUGGCUUUUGAGAUGGCAUUACAACUUCAGAGUAAGAAAAACGCUGACAAUAGACUGGAGCAGUUGAUCCUAUUGGAUGGCUCUCAUGCAUAUGUUUCUGCACACACACAGUUGUACAGAGACAAGUUUGAAGCUGAAGAUGAGAAUGUGAUGGAAACUGUGGCAAUGUUUGCAUUUGUACAGAAGUUUAUUCCCAUUAACUACCCACAGUUAAAGGAAGAGUUCACCGCUUGCAAAUCUUUGCAAUCACGCCUGCAUCUAGCCAGCAGCAAGGUUGCCGAUGUCCAUCCAUCACAAGAUGUUGAAAGUUUGUUGGUGGCAGCAGAGGCGUUCUACAGAAGACUGGUUGCAUGUGAUGCUUACAACCCAGCGUCAAAAUACAACGGUGAUGUGUUAUUAAUUAAAGCCAAGACUGGUAGCGAGUCUGGAGACAGUCUGGGAGAAUAUUAUGGACUCAAUCAGGUUUGUGAUGGUAGAAUAACUACAUACAAGAUUGCUGGUGAUCACCAGUCUUUUAUCCAAGGAGAGAGUGCAAGUGAAGUUGCCAUUAUAAUGAACAAUUUAUUUGCUGGUCAAAAAUACAUUGAAGCAUAG